GCGGGGCCGAAGGGGGAUGAAUGCGUGAUUGCGUCGCUUUGGCGAGCCGCAAAGGGUCGCGCGAGCCCGCGAGCUCGUGACAGAGUCCAUUCUCGGGUCGCAUUCCGUUCUGCAAUUAGCGUGAUCGCGCGCGCGUCACUCUCGGGAAUUCGCGAUUUUCGAAAAGGCCGAUGGAGCGAAAGUAUCAGAGGGUCGGUUUCGGGGUGGGCGCGUUUCACAAUCCCCCAAGAGCGAAGUACAGCGAGGAAACGAAAAAUCUUAUCAAGCUGUUGAUGGAGGAAUCCAAGCUGUCGAUGCUGCAGAGGAAAACGAUCCAGGAGGCGGUAGACAAGGGCGAGCCCUUACCGCCUUCCAUCGAGAGAACGAAAAAGGCGAAAGAUAAGGCCGCGGAUAGUCAAGUUAAAUUUCCUAGUGCUUGGAGGCGGCGUUCGCAGGACACGAUCAUAAGCAGCGGCGCGUACGAGAGGGAGCAGUACAGGAGGACGGCGCCCUUACUCAACAAGGAGAAACAAAAGCGUCACUUGGCGUGCAUGAUGGCUUACGGGAAGGACAUGCCGGAGACUCCACACGGUCCCAAGAUCCUUCACAGGGCCAAGCGGGAGCCGGAGAUACCUGAAAACGCGGAUUUUCUGGAUGACCUGGCGCAAGGGAUCCGCGAGAGAAUGGAUUUCUUGCACGAUAUGGAGAGUCUCGGAAUGGGGAAGAAGUAUCGGCCCAUAAUACAGCAGGAGAUAGCGCAGAAAAUACGGCUGAUUGAGUCGCUCGACGGCCAAGCGUCCGACGAGCUGCGAAAGGAGAUCUGUGAAGUCAAGCACGAAAGACCGUCACCCAAGCUGUUUCCGCUUACUGAACCGGGAGAGAAUUGACCUUCAUUAUUCAUAUAAUCUGCAUGUGAUGCGAUUACGUGGAAUAGAUCGGAUUGCACGUGUGUCAAAUGUAUAGUCGAUUGUAAUUUUUAUCGUAUUUCAAUCGUCUGAUAAGCCACAAGUGAAUUUUAUAAUAUAGAUAAAAACAUAAAAGAUGAUGCCAAAUAUUAUGAUUCAACUGUCUAAAAUUGUAAACAGAUAAAUUUGUAAGAUUAGAUUUUGAAAAAAAAAUUGUUUUUAUUCUGCAAAAAA